AUGGCCUUCUUGCAGUGGGUGUCUACUUUUCUCUAUCUCGGCCAGGACGUAUUCAACGCCAGCCUUGUAUAUGAGUGUUUGACGAGCGUGCCAUUUAAUGCAGCCGUUGCCACCAGAUUCAUCGCAUACUGGAACGAUACCCUCCAAUUCCAAAGCACUCUAACAUACCUGAAGAACCCACCAGCGAGUUACCAACAAGCAGGUGUCGAUCUGCUUGCUGGCCUCUCUGAGCUACAAGAGGCUGUCAGCAGCGGUGCGUUCGAAAAUCAAUAUGAGUUUGAAGUGGCUUUGCAGCUCCUGUUGGGCUCAGCUCACGAUGCACAUCUCUAUCUAAGCGCCGGCAUCCUCGCUGCGUUCACAUUUGCGAGUCCGUAUGACAUAGUGUCAUUGUCCAUUGAUGGGGUUGAAGUUCCCAAAGUCUAUUUGGCCGAGGACGUAUACAAUAGCAUUUCCUUUACGACCUAUCAGCCAUCCGCCCUCAAAUCAAUCAACGGUCAAGAAGUGACAACUUAUCUCGAUGCAUUCGCCACCAACAAUUCAUAUGGCAGUUCAGAACCACACGCCGACUGGAAUCAGUUGAUGCUCAGUGGCGCACAAGACGUGCAAGGAUACUUCAAUUCCUUUAGUGGCAACACACUCUUCUAUCCUGGGGACAAUAUCAGUUUUACUUUUGAAAACGGAACUACGCUCACCGAUAGAUACCUAGGGCUCUAUUGGAGUCAGGGUCCGACUGGUCCACUUGCAACAGGAGGCGACUUUUACAAUUUCUUCGUCCUAGGAUUCUGGCCAGCUUCGUAUGAUCCCACCUCAGAUGAUGACAGCGCUGGUGAAACUGCAUCAACAUCGGGGUCGUUCUCGAGCGCCACGGCCACGGCCACGGCCACAGCAUCAAUGAGUACUUCAACACCGUCAGGUUGGGGCACUACCGAAUUUUGGUAUCCCCCAGCAGCUGAUGUUGCUCAGCCAGAUCUGGGUAUUUAUGGAGGAGGUUACAUCACAGUUCUGAGCAUACCAAGUUUCGACAUGUUUGGUGAAGCACUGACCACAGCUCAGUCUGCAGUGGAUCAAUUCAUCAGCAUGAGCAAGUCAGGCGAGGUUGAAAAGAUAGUCAUUGAUCUCCAACAAAACACCGGUGGAGAGGUACUGCUUGCUUUCGAUGUGUUCAAGCGGCUUUUCCCCAACGUAGAUCCGUAUGGCGCGUCUCGUAUGCGAGCUCACAAAGCUGCAGAUGUCAUGGGUACUUCCUUGACUGCGUAUUAUGCUGGCCUAUCUACGACAAGCCCAGAGUAUGAGACUUUGGCAGCUGAUGAAUGGAUCGCAAUUACUCGAAUCAAUUCUGAUACGAAUGCUAACUUUACUUCAUGGGCGGAAUUUUAUGGCCCCUAUGAAAACAAUGGCGAUAGUUUUACAACAAACCAACGUUACAACUUGUCCAGCGAAGUCUUCACCUCGAGCGCAAUCGGCGAUGAAUAUGGUAGCUUUGCCAUAUACCAACCACCGUCAGGAGCCACUCCUCCAUACGCUGCUGAGGAUAUCGUUCUGUUGACGGACGGUAUAUGCGGCUCCGCAUGUGCUCUUUUUGUCGAAAUGAUGCACCAUCAAGCACAGGUGAAAGUUGUUGCUGUCGGAGGACGCCCAACGACGGGACCUAUGCAGGGUGUAGCGGCAGGUCGCGGAGCACGAUCCUAUUCUGUGUCUGUCCUUGACGCAAAUAUAGACUUUGCACAGAGCCUUCUCACGUCCGCGGGCUCGCCUGAUGCCAACUUCAUUCCCAAUCGCACUACUGCAAACGACGUCUAUAUCGUCGACGCAGGCAUCAACCUACGAGACCAAGUACGGCAGGACGACGAAACGCCCCUUCAGUUCACGUACGAAGCAGCAGAUUGUCGAAUAUUUUGGACCCCACAGACCAUUUUCAACUACGCGGCAUUAUGGCAAUACACUGCGGAUGCAAUCUGGAGAAAUGCGUCGCUAUGCGUUGCCGGCUCCACUGGAUUUUCAAACAAUGGCUCCAAGGACGCAGCCGAUGAUUCUGCAGGAAUCCCAGAGCCUUCAUCGAAACCAUCCUCUUUCAACAUGGCCGAGUACUUAUCAUCUCUGAGCAACCAGACACCUGCCAUAGACUCCAGCAACCUUGAAGACGAUCUUUCAGCAGGAGGUGGUGUGUAUGGACGAGGGCGAAGCGCUACUUUCAGGGACUGCAGCGUUAAUGCCAAUGGCAAUUACUACUGCAGCCAAGGGUAUCAGUGCCAGAGCGUGCAGCGCUGCUCAACAAGCAAAACGCUCACUCCUACCUGUGUAGAGACCUGCAACUAUGCGCCCGGGACCGCUUGUGGUGGAGGAAGGUGUAAUUCCCGUCCGGUACCAGGGCCGCCAACAAUAGGGCAGCAGAAUAGAUAUUCAGGAUACUGCAACCCCAAGCCAGCUUCGUGCUUGGCCAAUGGACAGCUGAUUACGCGUCAGGAGAAGGAGAUCAUAUAG